CUCCAUCCAUGGCUGACUGUAGGCCCGGGCGGUGAGAGUCGUCAAUCAUCGUCAUUUGUCGUAAAAUCAGAUACGCUUAAGGAUGGAGGAAGUAGCACGAACGCUUUUGGAAGAAGGGAUAAUAAAGAAACUAGUCAGUCCCGGCAAAGGAGAGCUACCUGAAUUUCCUAAUGGGACCAAGGUGAUAUUUCACUACCGCACGAGUCUGUGUGAUGGCACACUGCUGGAUGACUCCCGGACCAUGGGGGGACGUAGUAAACCCAUGGAGCUAAUCCUGGGCAAGAAGUUCAAGCUGGCAGUAUGGGAAAGACUGGUCAUCACCAUGAGACCAGGGGAAAUAUCAGACUUUACCUGUGACAGUAAGCAUACAGCUCUUUACCCAUUGGUGUCCCAGUCCCUUCGGAACAUCAGUGUUGGUAAAGAUCCACUGGAAGGACAGAGGCACUGCUGUGGCAUUGCUCAGAUUCACUCCCAUCACUCUCUGGGCAACAAAGACCUGGACGAUCUUCAGGCACAUCCGCAGCCUCUUGUGUUCUCAAUAGAACUUCUGGAAGUGCUGCCUCCAGGAACCUUCCAGAUGGACCUGUGGGCAAUGACAGAUGAGGAGAAAUUAACAUUUGUGCCUCAAAUCCACGAGCAGGGCAAUCAGCUGUUCAAAGAGGGGAAAAUAGCUGAAGCCUCGGAAAAGUACUACAACGGCAUAGCCUGUCUGAAAAACCUACAAAUGAAGGAGCAACCAGGUGAUGAGACUUGGUUUAAACUGGACCUGAUGAUCACGCCUCUGCUCCUGAAUUACUGUCAGUGCAAGUUAAUGCAAGGACAGUACUAUGAAGUCAUUGAACACUGCUCGUCUUUGCUCUUCAAAUAUGAGGAUAAUGUGAAGGCCUUUUACAAGCGAGGAAAGGCCCAUGCUGCAGUGUGGAAUGAAGCAGAAGCUCGCGCAGACUUUGCCAGAGUUUUGCAGCUGGACCCCUCGUUGGGACCAUGUGUGGCUAAGGAGCUGCGCGCAAUGGAGGAAAGGAUCCGCACUAAAGAGAAAGAAGACAAGGACCGGUAUAGAGGUCUAUUUGGCUCCAACGAGGCACCUGCCACUGCUACCACGGGUUAAAUCUGAAAACUGCAGUAUUUCCACAAAUCUCCAGGAGAACAUUAUGCCGCUGGACUUUUUGUUUUGUCCUCCCAUCUGACCUAUAGACCUCACUGUCAGUCGAUGCUGUCACUACAUUAUGCAGAUGUGACGUGCAUUUGAGGUUUUAUGGCCAUUACAAGACUUAAUUCACAACAUCCAAGCAAAAACAUUGACCUGCUCUAUAAUGACUUACAGCUUGUGGCUCAACCUUAAGUAAACUUGUAUGUUUUUUAUCUAUAGGUAAUAUGAACAUGUAUCUAUUUGCAGGCUUUAAGAAAAGCCUGUUUUUGUUUUAAGUGUAAUAUAUCAUUUUUUGUUGGUUACAAUUCUAUUAGAUCACCCAUUCCCAAUGCGCUUAGCACACUGCGACCCCCUUAUAGAUCCGAGGACCCCACAAAUGUGUUUCAAUAAACAUACAAAUUUGGAGCCCCCCUGCUGUGUUUGAGUGCCAACAGGGGGCCCUCAUACCUCAAUUUGGGAACCACUGAAUGGAAAGAACAUCUCAAAUAGUCUGUAUUAUAUAAUUGGACAUAAACUUAAUUUCACCCAUUUUCAUUUAUCAUUUUGUUCAAAUCCAUCUAUACUAGUCGUCAAUAGACACCAAUGAGUUACAGGGUGGCCUUUGUUUUUUUUUUUAAAUUAUGUAUGCAACAUGUUAAAUGCUUUGCAUUUCCAUAUGGUAUAAUCUACAUGCUUAAAAUAGAGAAUGUGACAUGUAUUUCUUUAAUAAUCACACACAUAAUUUCUUUUAUUUUAUUAAACUCCAUACUGAACUGCAAAAAUCUUGAUUACAAAAUUUGUAUACUUGCAAAAUUAUUUGAUGUACAGAAUUGACAGUAUUACAAAUUUCUCAAAAAAAAGGGGCACAUAAAAUGCAAAAACAAAGCAAGAAUAUUUCACAAUGUGCACAUGAGAAUGCAUAGGACAUCACAAUGAUAGCAUUACAUCUAUUAAAGGUAAAAAAAAAAACAAAAACUUGCAAUCAUCAUAAAUACGCACUGGAUGUGCCCUUAAUGAUUAAGUGUGCACUUCAUUGUGUAUUUUUGUUUUUGCUAAAGCCUGAAAAUGCAACACAGGUGAAUUGGCAUGCAAUCAACAGUUUCAAUUAUACUAAUAAAAUAAAAUACCGACAAAGGAAAAAUUGAAGUAAAAAUUUGUAAAAACUGAAGUGGCAUUUUGAUGCAGAAUUACAUGGGGAAGGUGAUGGGAAUCCUUAAAGGUUACGUGCGUGCACUUCUCUCAGUCUCUGCAAUACACUCCCUCACAAGAGCACGGGCAUGAAUGAUGCCUGCAAAAAUAAAGAAAAA